CCCAGAAACCACUUGAAUAUUUCUGUAUCGAGCGGAGAGCGAACCGUCGCAUAAUUAAGUGCCCUACUUCGUACCAGAGCCAAAGGCCUCGGGAACUGGGGCCUUACGGGAACGUCGAGUGCUCUGCUGUAUACAGCCCUGAGUUGUGUGUGAGAGCAGGUUCGGUCGGCUAAGUCUAUUUAUAGAACUGCCCUGUAAGUGCCUCGCUGGCGGCUUACUUAUCGAUGGCUUAGCGAUGACUACCGAGAGAGCGAGUGGGGUCACACCACGGUAGGCACCAGGGAACAAAGCACUGAGACACGGUUUACAGACAGGCUUGUGUAUGUACAAUGCACGCCAAUAAUAUUUUAGACAUUGUCCGAGUUACACCACGAAACAGGAAGCCACAAUGGACUCACAAAGAAACUCAGCAUCUCAUCCGGGAGUUCGACAAACGGAAGCUCCUUCUGAGACCCAAACCCGGCGAAGUUGUGUCGUCUGCUUCAAAACACCGUGCCUGGGUAGAGAUAGCGCAGGCGGUCAACCUCACCAACCCUCACGUACACAGGACCGUGUCGGAGGUGCAGAAGAAAUGGCAGAACUUAUGUUUACGUACCAAGAAGGACAAAGAUGGUCUCCCUAACCCUGUUGACAGUCUGUUUAGCGCGAUGUCGCGGGCAGACCGAUCUUUAUUCCAAGAUCACAGCAACCAGCAUCAUCAGUCGCUGUCCAUACAGCCCCUGUCCAUACAGCCACGCCCACUACUAGUACAGCCUUACCAAUCCCCCGACAACGGCACCGGAAAUGGCACCCACCCCUUGGUUCCUGUCAAGAUCGAGAAGGUGGACUCGGUGGACGAGUUGAUGCGUACAAACCAUACGGAUACGUCAGGUGACAGUCGUCCUGAGAGCAUCAGGUCACAGUUGAGUUACGGCGAUGUGGAGUUCAUCAGCCCUACGUCACAGCCGGAGUUUGACAUGUACGCGACUAGUUCGGGCAUCGUACAUACCGCACACGAACCCGAGGCUCUGGGAACAGUGCCUGCCAUUAUACCGGCUUCCGAACCAGCCAGGGGCCAAAAGCGGAAGCAGAGUAAUAUGGACGAUACAAUGGAAAACUUUUCCAAUUACAGUAUGGCCGACACAGAACUAUUAGACGUCAAGAGAAAUUUAAUGAUGGCAGAAAUGCAAAAAUACAAAUUAGAAUGUGAAAAAUUAAGGACCGAGAGAGACAAACUUGUCCUUGAAACGGAGAAAAUUAUAAUGGAAAAAGAAAAGCUUAUGAUUGAGCUUGAGACAUUACGUUCCACAAGUGAACAACGCCGAGUAAGCCAGAUAAAGACAUUACCUCAGCUGGAGAAGGAACGACUGGUACUGGAAAAUGAAAAAUUAGCCUUGGAGAUCGAGAAUAUGAAGAGUCUGCACAAAGUAGCCGUGGAAAAAAUACAACUCGAAAAACAAAGAUAUUCACUGGAAAACGACAAACUGAGUGUGGAAAUUCAGAAUCUACGAGGAUCUAAUAGAUCUAAUACCUAUCAGGCCAUCUUGUAGAGCACGUGACCAAGACUUAACUCUAUCAGGCAAUCAUGUACAGCAGGUUAUAACGAGACCGGGAAACAUUCCCAAAUGUUAACUUUCUCAAUAUCUUAAUAUCAAAAUCUACUCUACCAAGCGGGAAUCUUUUUUUUUUUUUCAAAUAGCAUGACAUCACACAUAUUUUGUUUUCAUUGAAAUACUGUUUAUGUACAUACUCACUAACAGUUACAGUCAUUGAUGACUGCAGUAGAAAAUCAUCUAUUUGCACAUCUCUCUAUACAUCCAAUUCAAAUGUCUUUUGGUGCUGAAUAUCCCGGUUUCAAAUGUUUUUAGCGAAUUGUGUCGAAACACGUACAUAUCCAUGUCUGUCUAGUUCUAUAAGGCGUGUUCAAAAGAUUACGAAUAACUAACGCUAAAUUCAUGUAAAGACGGGUAGAUAACGCCCAUGGUAGUUUGGUUGUACAGGGAGAAUUGGUCCAAAAGGCCAGUCAGGACUUGAUGUAAAUAAUACCAGCCUUGUGUUCAGGAACUAAAGCAUUUUGUUUACAGGUUUACAUGUAGACACUUUUGUAUGUUUCGUCUAUAUUAAAAUGUUCGCAGUCCGGGUUAUUUCUGUCUUGAUAUUUAUAGUUCAUCUGGUCAAAAGCUGGAUAGGAUUUUACUCCGCACGGAGUCAAACGCUGGACAUGAUUUAAUCAAAGUUACGUCAAAUGAUCGAACGAGUUUUCUAAAUGCUGUGAACAUAAAGUCUGUACAAUAUAUUUGACUAUUUUAAGUUUGUAAUUCUAAAUGUUACAAACAGUUCAUAUGUUUUGGCUAGAGUUAUCUUUUCUUUCUGGCAC